CUAUUGUUCGCAAUCAGAUGAAAUCACAGACAAACAGCGGAUGGCUCUCUCUGACAGAAUGUCUGAACAAAGCACGCUUUCUGAGCACAUUUUGCCGAGCACAUUUGAUCACCUGAUUUCUUCUAACUGGUCUGGAUUACAGACAGAAUCUGGACCAGAGGAAAUGAAACAGACUGGUGAGGAGCAGGGGAGUAAACUGCGCUGGGCAGCUCUGCCGAUACUCACGGUGAUAAUACCCACGAUUGGUGGAAACGUCCUUGUAAUCCUGGCUGUCUCACUGGAGAAAAAGCUGCAGUACGCUACCAAUUACUUUCUUAUGUCCCUGGCGGUGGCUGAUCUGCUGGUUGGAUUGUUUGUGAUGCCGAUCGCUCUCUUGACAAUAAUGUUUGAGCCGACGUGGCCCCUGCCACUUGUCCUGUGCCCUGCUUGGUUAUUUCUCGAUGUUCUAUUUUCUACUGCAUCCAUCAUGCAUCUCUGUGCCAUCUCAGUGGAUCGUUACAUAGCCAUCAAAAAGCCAAUCCAGGCCAGUCAAUGUAACUCCCGUGCCACAGCAUUCAUCAAGAUCACAGUGGUCUGGCUGAUUUCCAUAGGCAUUGCUAUUCCAAUCCCUAUUAAAGGUAUAGAGGUCGAUGUGGGUAACCUGAACAACAUCACUUGUGCGCUGACCAAGGACCGUUUUGGCAACUUCAUGCUCUUUGGCUCACUGGCUGCCUUCUUCAUGCCUCUUGCGAUUAUGAUUGUCACCUACUUACUCACCAUCCACGCUUUACAGAAGAAAGGUUACUUCAUCAAAAGCAAGCCACCCCAACGCCUAACGUGGUUGACUGUGUCCACAGUUUUCCAAAGGGAUGAAACACCGUGCUCAUCACCUGAAAAGGUGGCAAUGCUGGAUGGUUCUCGCAAGGACAAAACUCUGCCCAAGUCAAGUGAUGACUUACGAAGGAUGUCUACGGCUGGAACAAGGUCAGUGCAGACCAUGUCCAACGAACAGAGAGCCUCCAAGGUCCUAGGGAUUGUUUUCUUCCUCUUUCUGCUUAUGUGGAGCCCCUUUUUUAUUACAAAUAUAACUUUAGUUUUAUGUGAAUCUUGCAACCAGUUUACUCUCAAUAAGCUCCUAGAAAUAUUUGUGUGGAUAGGCUAUGUUUCCUCAGGGGUAAAUCCUUUGGUCUACACCCUCUUCAACAAGACAUUUCGAGAUGCGUUUGUACGAUAUAUCACUUGUAAUUAUCAGGCCACAAAGUCAGUAAAAACUCUUAGAAAAUGCUCCAGCAAGAUCUACUUCCAGAAUCCAAUGACAGAGAACUCUAAGCUUUUCAUGAAACAUGGAAUGAAGAAUGGGAUCAAUCCUGUCUUGUACCAGAGCCCAAUGAGACUCCGAAGUUCAACAAUUCAGUCUUCAUCAGUCAUUCUACUAGAUACCCUUCUUCUCACCGACAACGAAGGUGACAAAACUGAAGAGCAAGUCAGUUAUGUAUAGUGCAACUGGGA